AUGUCUUUAUCUGCCUCUGACAACAAUGGCUCCUAUUCACGAGUCUCCUCGGGAAAGACCCCUCCCCCAGCCCCUUCUGCUGCAUAUGCAAAGAGGGCACGGGAGAUCCAGGCGGAAGAACGGCUGAACGGUGCUAGAUAUAGGCCACCUGCGCUGCGCGCUCUUCCUCCGAGCGGUUCUCCCCCAAACGACUUCACCACCACCGUCGCUUCCCCCAGUGAUGAUUCUACAACGUCCGCUUCUAAUUAUCCACCGGGUUUUAGGAGAGCCCGAGCCGGAACUCUGCCUUCUGAUGUCCAUCUCGCUGCGCAGCGUUUCGCUGCUGCAUCUAAUACCCUGAGUAGUGCUACUCCCUCAACGGAAUCGUUUGCCGAACAGUUGCAGCAGAGGCAGGCCGCCAACACGCCUCCUAGCAUCCUCGUUCCCUCUCGCUCUACCAUCCGGCAUACCACUACUGUAGCGGCCCCACAGGCAGCUCCUACGUCAGUCGGUUCCGAGCGUAACAGUCGCUUGAGGUCAGGUUCGUUAACGUUACCCUCAGCCGGUCUUUCCAAUGCAUUCGGCCCGUCUAUAUUCUCAUCGUCAUGGUUAUCCUCUGCUAAUGGAUCAGGGUCCAACUUUCCUGUUCUGGAUGAGUUACGCUCCGUUACCUCCGCAGACUCGGUCGAUGAUUUUGACCUACGGACCCAAGCUCAAGCUGCUAUCGCUGGAAACCUGGCUAAUCCACCGCGCUUGAGGGCGAGUACGGUUUCAAACCCGUAUCGUACGCGCUCGUCUGGUGCUUCGUCUCUCCUCGCCACCCCUAAUGCAGAGGAGGAAGAGGAGUACUUUGAUGCGCAUGACAAUCAGCCGUACGACCGUCAACGAUUGGGUCUGUACGAUGGCUCCAUGUCAGACGCUAGCCUCUUCCACUCGUCAUACGUGGCAAAGGGGUUCAAGCAGGGCGACCAUUUAACGGCUGCAAGUGCGCUCUCAUCCCGGCCCAGAGCAAUCUCCGUAGGAACGCUCGAUGAUCCCAUUCGUACCCUUCAGCGCCGCGCUACGACCAGUGAAGCCCAAUCUCCCUAUCUCAACGAUCUCGCAGCUGCGAGCGGGAGUCUUGCGAAUCUGUCUAAUCCGACUGGGAUUUUGAAGAGCGAUUUGAGUCGUGCGUCGUCGUACCUCGCUGCGCCCAAUUCGCAGGGAAGGGCUGUGUCUCCCAAGACCGAGGUGAAUAAUAACUCGCAGAUCCAAACUCCUACGCGGUCGUUAUGGAUUGGGAAUUUGGAUAGUGCUGUCACAAGCGAGCAGCUUAUUCAUGUGUUUGCGCCGUAUGGUGCUAUUGAGAGUUUAAGGCUUUUGCCGGAGAAGGAGUGCGGUUUCGUUAAUUUUGUUGAUCAAGCGGACGCUAUUCGAGCCAAGGACGAUGUACUCAAUCGUCUAGGCGGGAAUAUCGGUAUGCCGAACGGGCAGACCGUACGCAUUGGCUUUGGGAAGGCGGACAGUGCUCCUGUUGCCCCUGCUAAGGGCACGACUGUUACGAGUUCUGGCGCCACGUCUCCCAGUGGUUUAAGUAAGGCCAACAGCCCUGGCCUUGGAGGAUUGGAUGCGCAGCUGCAGUCUACACCUACUCGUGCGCUAUGGAUUGGGUCUAUUCCAAGCACUACAACACCUGCGACGAUCUUGAGCGUUUUCAGUCCUUAUGGACCUAUCGAAUCUGCGAGGGUGUUGACGCAUAAAAAUUGUGGAUUCAUCAACUUUGAACGUCUUGAUGACGCUGUGCGCGCCAGGAAAGCCUUGAAUGGUCGUGAUGUCCUUGGUAGCGACGUUGGUGCUAUCCGUAUUGGCUUUGCCAAGGUCCCUGUCAAGAAUGGUCAGGAAGGCAACGGCACGCAGGAUGAAAGUCCCAGCGUUGCAGUGCAAGGUAUUGGUGAUUUGAGCGUUGGGGCCACUAUCCACGCUCUUCGCAGCGUGAAGGGUGCGUCCACUAUCCCAGCAGACCAGCAAGUGCUUGGUGGUCAGGUGGAGAACUACCGCUCGAAUCUCUUGCUUAGCAUGAUUGGCUCUGGCAUGCACAAUAUCGCGUAUGUUUCUGACGGUUUGUCGAAGCCUGCUGGAUGGUUGCCAUCAGUCACGGAGCAGCAGAUGAUCAUGAAGGAGUUGACGGCUGGUAGCCCUGAUGCUGAUUUUGAUAUUCAGUCAUUGUCUGAGUUCCGCCCCCCGACGAUGUACUACACGACGAUUCCACUCGUCUCUGAGAGACCUAACAACAGGCGUUGGGAUGCUUCAAAAUUGCGCGAACUCCGGAAGAGGCUGGAUUCUGGUACGAUGACGGUGGAGGAAACUGAUCAAGUUGCUGGUGACUUUUUGGAUGGCGAGAUUGUCGACUUGGCCUCGGACUGGCUGGGCAACACGGUCGUACAAAAGCUGUUUGAAAAGUGCUCUCCUGUGCCGCGGUUUGCCAUGCUGGAGAGAAUCACGCCUCAUUUGGCAAUGAUUGGCAUCCACAAGAACGGUACUUGGGCUGCACAGAAGAUCAUUGAGUGUGUUCAGACUCCCGAGGAGGUCGGGCUCAUCGUGCAAAACUUGAGGGCAUAUGCUCCGCCUUUGCUGCUUGAUCAGUUUGGUAACUAUGUGGUUCAGUGUUGUCUGCGUUUUGGGGCUCCUGCCAAUGAUUUCAUCUUCGACGCUAUGGUCGAUCGUAUGUGGGAGAUCGCACAAGGCCGCUUCGGUGCACGCAGCAUGAGAGCGUGUCUCGAGAGCCCACAUAUCACGCUGAGCCAGCAACGCCGUAUUGCUACUGCCGUGAUCUUGAACUCUAUCCCUCUGGCGACGAACCCUAACGGCGCACUGCUGCUGACAUGGUUGCUUGACACGUCUUCUUUCCCUUCGCGGUACAACCUUCUCGCGCCUCGCUUCACGCCUCACCUAUCGCAUCUGUGCACGCACAAAUUGGCAUCUUUAACCGUUCUCAGGAUUGUCAAUCAGAAGAUUGAGUUUGAAGCCUCUCGUCAAAUCGUCCAGGCGUUGUUCUCGUCUCCUGGGGACCAUGUUCUUACUGACGUGUUGGGCGACCAAGUGAACGGUGUGGCGGUUGUGCAUAAGAUCUUGACUAGCCCGUUCAUCGACCCUAUUGACAAGCCAACUUAUAUCGAGGCCACUAAGCGGGUAUUAAUCGAGCUCAAGGUUAUCGCUACUCAGGCUUAUCGUCGGCUGAUUGAAGAAGUUGGUCUUCCCAUCCCAAACUACCAGCCCACGUACACCACUAAUGGUCCGCCUGGCAAGAAGGGUCAGAACCAGAAUCACUAUGGAGUGCCUGGCCUACCGUCUGGCUACCCUUCGAAUGAUCAGGGUUUAGCUUCGAUGAUGGCUGCGUUGCAGAUGGGUGGGCAGAACCCCCAGUCUGGGCCCCCGCAACUACACAUUGAUCCUGCAUAUGGUCAAGCUCCUGCGCCACGCGGCCGUAUUUCUCAGCCACCUUCUGCGUUCUCGCCCUCCUCGGAUCCUUUCAAUCCCUUUGCCCUUCGCUCUCCGGACAUGAGCAGUCCUCGCACCUCUUCUAUUCGUCGUAAUGGCGGACUUCCCUCAAUUGCUCCUUCCAUGACUCCCACCCCCGUUUCUGCCAUCCCAUAUAGCAAUCAAUCUCCCAAUCUCGCACCUGGUGGCAUCCUUAACAUGGGUCAGCCAAGCUUCAAUACUCAGAAUGUUCCCCAGCACCUCUACCAGGCAUAUAUGUACCAAGUAUACCAGCAAACACCGCCGUCCAGCAUGGGCACCUUCAAUUAA